AUGCCUAUCAAGGUCAAAUCCAAGAAGCUCCCCGCUCCCCGCGAGGGCAGUCCUAUCUCCAUCCGUCACGACUACGAAAAUGAUCUACCGGAUAUUAGAACUAACGACAGCUUUAGAGAGGUCGUCAAGAAGCUCUCUUUAUACUUUGUUGCAGUCAUUGAGCUGCCGAGCACCUUUGAACAGCUGAGGACCACAGCUGCGGGGACUUCCUUACGCAUCUUGGUGGAUCAUCUCACUGCGACAUGCACCAACCGCGGAAUUGUCAAUGCUCUUCUCGCUCUCAAAUGGCAUUAUACCACUUCUUCAGAACAUCGAACACUGGGAGAAUCGCGCGCCGACGCGUGUGAAAUCGUUGCAUGGCGUUUUCUCACUCGUCUCUCUGAACGCGAGGCAGUUAAUUACUGCCUUUACGAGAUCCCGGAUCUUGACGAUGAUCACCAAGAUGAAGAAGCGGGCAAUGGCCACGCGGGUGAUGAGGAGACCGGAGAGCGUUCUCCUCUUCUGUCUCAUAUUCGCACCAUUGAUAAUCGCCGGCGUGGUCCUGGCCCUGCUGGAAGUAGCAUGAAACGCAAUCAGCUCCUGAGUUCUCUCUCCCGCUUGACUAUGACAUCCGAUGACGAGGAUGAUGAGAAUGAAGGUGAUCCAACAUCGUCUUUUAAGAAUUUGAAUGCCCUCGAGAUUGCAGCCAUUGCCGACGCCAAACGUUUCCUCAGUCAGCACAUUGUCCAAAAGAUCAUCACGGCUAUAUGGAGCGGCGAUAUCGUCUUUUGGGACAGCUUAUCAGUGCACUCAACCAAGAAAGUCAGGUUUUAUAAUCCUAGGACAGCAGACCCUUUUUCUCGGUUGCGUGUUCCCAAAUACCUCAAGAGCUGGGAGGUAGUAUUCUUCUGCAUUUUCCUCGCCCUCUAUUACUCUGUUCUCAUUAUGAGAGACGAGUCCCGUAUCACCAUCCCUGAGGUGGUCCUGUUCCUCUGGAUAGCGGCCUUCUUUUACGACGAGCUUAGUGAGUGGCUUGAUGCGGGCUCAAUCUUCUAUGCCACAGAUAUCUGGAACUUGUUUGACAUGAUCAUGAUUACAAUCGGGUUUGCCUUUGCAAUUCUGCGCAUUAUUGGUAUCGUCCAAAACAAACCGGAGUUCAGUGACCUUGCAUUUGACAUAUUGGCGCUCGAAGCACUCUUCAUGAUUCCUCGCAUCUUCUCCAUCCUGAGUCUGAGCCCUGCUUGGGGUACACUCAUACCCUGCUUGAAGGAGAUGGGUAAAGACUUCUUCAAAUACAUGGUACUCGUUGUCGUUGUUUACUGCGGCUUUCUGACGACAUUUUCGCUUGUGGGCCGUAAUGUCUUUGCAUUCAAGUCAAUGGCUUGGAUUUUGACAAAGAUAUUCUACGGCUCAGCACCUAUUGGCUUUGAGGUGAUGAAUCAGAUCGAUCCGUUUUUUGGGCCGCCUCUGAUGAUUAUGUUCAUUACACUCUCCAGCUUUCUGUUGAUGGGCUCCUUGACUGGUAUGCUUUCCAACAGUUUCUCACGGGUUAUCACCCACGCUAAGGAGGAGUAUCUGUACGUGUACAGUGUCUAUGUCUUGGAGGCGUCGACUAGCAACCGACUCACCCACUUCUAUCCUCCUUUUAAUCUGCUUGCUUUGGUCAUCUUUCGACCCUGGCGCCUAAUCUUUACGGCCGAUGAGAAGUUUCGUGCCGGGCGUAUCAUACUCCUUAAGGCUACCCAUUGGCCAAUUGUUAGCAUCAUCAGGCUCUAUGAGAUGUGGCGCAAGCCCGGGGCCCUGGGUGAUGAAUUUGCUGGGUUCAAGGGCCCGUCGCACUCCUCCCGACGCAACGGUCGGCAAUUAAUUACACAGAGGCGAUCUGCUUCUACUGUUGGCCGCCCAACACUUGCAUCUCCUAGAGGUCGAGCAAACGGUCAGAGUACUGAGCAGCGUGAGGAUGAUAUGGAUGCCCCAACUGCCAUGGAGGUGCAACUUAGUGAGUUGAACCGCAAGAUUGACCAGCUCACUGCAACUGUUCUGGCGAUUCAAGAGAAGCAAGCAGGUGAAAGCGGCAGUGGAAGCUCUGAUGCGGGCGCCACCACCGCCUAA